AUGAAGCGUAGAUUCUUCCCCUCCUUUGCCAGCCUUCUCCUCGCGGCCUUGAUGAUUCCAGCAUGGUUGUCCAGAGCCCCAUCUGUUAAUUACCUAGCCACUGAACCUUCCAGUGACCCAAAUGAAGGAUCUCCUGGGCAAGAAACAAACUGGUCUCGUUCAUUACAUCGCCAAGUAAAACGCUACUUACCACCGCGCACCCCCCCGUACCAUGAACCUGAACCAAAUUACAAAAUUGUCGACUGCAGGAAAAGUGAAGGCCGCUGUCAAGAAUAUUGUAAUUUUAUGGAAAUGCAAGUGGGUUACUGUUCUAAGAAGAAGGAAGCCUGCUGUUUGCAUCUGGAGUGAUCUUGCCUGUUACUGAAGACGAAGCUCCACCCACCUGCCAGCCCUCCGGACCAAGCUACGCCUCCAGCUGUGGGAGCUUUGGAGAGGUGGCUGAGCAGGGAAGGGCAGAGGCCUGACCAUCCAUGCCAGGCAGUCGAAAUAUUUUAUUGUGACAAAGCUAAAUGACCAAAACUGUCCACACCCUAUCUUACAG